GCCGGAGUGGUCAUCGGGAACGCCUAGAAUUCGUUCUAGUCCAUAGUGGAUGACAGCGUUUGGGCUCUGCCCGCACAGGUUCGAAUCCUGUUCACGUCGAAUCUUUUGUGCACCAUUGUUGGUCCUAACAAUGCGCCAUCGCUUUUUGGUGAGUGGAUGCGCUGCCCAUUUUUUGUGUCGGCGCGGCUGGGGGCAGGCUCGAGCCACUUUGUUUAUUGUUUUGCCAUGGCUGAGAUGCAGACGCAACCCUAUUCAUGUAUAUAUAUCUAUAUCCAUCAUGGCCUAUGCUACACCCAACACCAGUCCAGUGAACAUACAUAUUAACGCGGGGCGGCGGCAAUGAUCCGCGCGCACAGCACAGCUUAGCGCCGACAAAUCUAUCCUCAGUUGGAAUAGCACGAUGGUUGGCCUGGCAGCUUCGCCUUUUUGAUUGCAAGACUACGUCCUGCACCGUAUACAAUGU